AUGCAACCUUUGGACCACAAAGCUUCAACAAGCACAAUUACUACCACCACGUCUUCUUCAACAGACCUUGCAACUGAGAAGGACCACAAGAGUUCGACGAGCACGAUCGUCGUCACCACUACCACCUGCUCUUCAUCAGAUCUUGAGCUUGAAAAGGCGCCUCUUCAAAUUACCCAUGUUCUUCCCGCAGAGAAACUUGACCAGAGGCCCUUUCGUCAACUGAGACACGUCAUUUUCACGGUCUACCGACGCCUCUUCACAUUUGUCAUUAUUGCCAACAUCGUCGCUCUGAUAAUAGUUGACAUUCGACCGCGAGAUACCAAGUUCUACUUCAAAGCCAUCUCAAGUGCCGCUUCAGCGAACCUCUUCCUCUGCGUCGCGAUUCGACAGGAUUACAUUAUCAACAUCCUGUUUGAUGUCUUCGCUGCCACCCCCAAGAGUGCACCAUUGCGUUUCCGUCGCAUUCUCACAAAAGUCUUUGAGUUCGGAGGUGUCCACACAAGUGCUGGGAUCUGCUCUACCGCGUGGUUCAUCCGUCUUGCCAUCUUCUUGACCCUCAGCUUCGAAAAUGGCAGCCUUCGCGACGUCCCGAUCCUCGCGUUGACAUAUGUACUCUUACUUCUGUUCUCUGGCAUCGUCAUCUUCGCCCAUCCAAAGAUGCGCAGCAAAACUCACAACACGUUUGAGCGAAUGCACCGUUUUGGGGGCUGGCUGUGUAGCGUCACGUUCUGGACCUUGAUAGUACUCACAGCUCGGGUCAUGGCUGAUCUUCCCGGCUCCAAACAGUCCACCAUCGAAGUACUCAUUCAUCUCCCCUCAUUCUGGUUGUUGUCAAUCAACACGAUUCAUACUAUCGUGCCCUGGCUACGCCUUCGCAAGCUCGAGGCUACACCAGAAAAACUCUCGGAUCACGCCUUGCGGCUGCAUCUCAAGGCAAACAUAGGCGGUUUCUACACUGUUCGUAUCUCUGACAGUCCGCUCAGCGAGUGGCAUUCAUUCGCAUGCUUCAUCGACUCGAAGCCAGUCAAUGGAAGUACGAAUUCCGUUGUCAUCUCACGUGCCGGAGACUGGACUUCCAAGACAAUUGCUGAGCCGAAGUCAUACUAUUGGAUCCGAGGUCUACCAACACGAGGAGUGCUGUACAUGUCUUUGACAUUUCGAAGUGUGGUUGUCGUUACCACCGGAAGUGGUAUUGGACCAUGUCUCAAUCUCCUCUCAAUGCAUGCUUCGACUCGUCCCGCUUGCCGAGUCUUGUGGUCGACACCAAAACCGCUUGCAACAUUUGGGCAGGAGAUUUGUGAUGAUGUAAAGGAAUGUGACCCAGCGGCAGUGAUCUGGGAUACGAAGAAGUUUGGACGACCGGAUAUGGUUGGUUUGACGUGGCAAUUACUGAAGGAGUCUCAGGCCGAAGCGGUUUUUGUUGUUAGUAACCCGAAAGUUACGAAGAUGGUUGUUUAUGCAAUGGAGAGCAGAGGUGUAGCAGCGUAUGGUCCCAUUUUUGAUUCUUGA